AUGGGCUCGAACGAGGCUGAACAACUCCGACCCGCGUCUAGGCCACACGCGGUCUGCAUCGCGUGCCCGGCCCAAAGCCACAUCAAGGCCACCCUCAAGCUGGCCAAGCUGCUCCACGCCAGGGGCUUCUACAUCACCUUCGUCAACAGCGAGUUCAACCACAGGCGCUUCCUCAACACCAAAGGCCCACGCGCCCUCGACGGCCUGCCGGACUUCCGGUUCGCCGCCAUCCUCGACGGGAUCCCGCCGUCCGAUCUCGGGUCCACGCAGGACGUCCCCAUGCUGCUGAACUCCAUCCUCACCUUCAUGAAGGCUCCCUUCAGGGAGCUGGUGGCGAGGCUGAACGAUCCGGAGCUGUCGGGUGGCGGGCCGCGCGUGAGCUGCGUGAUUGCGGAUACGAUGCCGUUUGCGAUCGAUGUGGCUCGGGAGUUUGGCGUCCCAUCCGUCAGCUAUUGGAGCUUCUCUGCGUGCGGGUUCAUGGGGUUUAGGAUGUUCCGCCCUCUCUUGGAACAGGGCAUCACUCCUUUCAAAGACGACAGCUAUUUGACGAAUGGAUACCUGGACAAGCCCGUCCAAGUUCCGGGAAUGAAGAACAUGCAGUUCCGAGACCUGCCGAGCUUCUUCCAGACGACGGACCCGACCGACCCGCCUUUCCACUGCCUGAUGGAAUGCGCCGACGCCGCCGCCAGAGCCUCCGCCAUCGUCGUCCACUCCUUCGACGCCCUCGAACCAAACCUCAUCGCCACCCUCAACUCCACCUACUCCGGCCGCGUCUACCCGAUCGCCCCCAUGCAGCUCCUCGUCGACCAGAUCGAGUCGAAGUCAACCCUCGACACCAUCAGCUACAGCCUGUGGAAGGAAGAGCCACAAUGCCUCCGCUGGCUCGACUCCAAACCGGCCAACUCCGUCGUCUACGUCAACUUCGGGAGCAUCACCACCAUGUCCAAGGAGCACCUGACCGAAUUCGCGAUGGGGUUGGUCAGCAGCGAGGUCUCGUUCCUCUGGGUCAUCCGGCCCGACCUGGUUGUGGGCGAGUCGGCGGUUCUUCCGCCCGAGUUCGAGGAGAGGGCGGCCCGGACCGGUUUCAUAUCGGGUUGGUGCCCGCAGGAGGAGGUGCUGAACCACCCGGCGGUCGGAGGGUUUCUGACGCACUGUGGUUGGGGAUCGAUGAUGGAGAGCCUGACGGCGGGAGUUCCGGUGCUGUGCUGGCCGUUCUUUGGGGACCAACCGACAAACUGCAAGUAUGCGUGUAGCGAGUGGGGGGUUGGGGUGGAGAUCGAGAAGGAUGUGAAGAGGGCGGCGGUUGAGGAGGUGGUUAAGGAGCUGAUGAUGAAUGGUGGGGAAGGGGAGAAAAUGAGGAAGAAAGCAGGGGAGUGGAGGAAAUUGGCUCGUGAAGCUGCCGGGCCGGGCGGGUCGUCGGUCGUGAAUUUGGACCGCUUGGUCAACGAUGUUCUCUUGGGCAAAGGGGUUUAG